AGAGAGAAAGAGAGAGAAAGAGAGAUGGACUGAAGUGAUCUGAGGGUCUGAGGGUCUAAAGGCCCGAUGGGAGCUGCGACACAUCCGGACCCGGAGCGUCCUGAUCCCGGUCCGUGCUGUAGUCUGGAUUAGAGAGAGAGUGUGAGUUUGUGUGUGUGUUUGUGUGUGUGCGGGUUUCAUCACAUCUGAUCCUGAUCCUGAUCCUGAUUCUGAUCCUGAUCCUGAUUCUGUCCGAGUGUGUCCGUCUUUAUCUUUCCUCUGAAACACAGACGGAUCAGAGCGUGAGGCGGGUCCUCCUCCUCCUCCUCCUGGUCUGGAUUAAAGCCCAUCAGGAUCAUGCAUCAUCCCCCCUCCGCUCCUCUAAUCUGGGUUUUACCGAGCUGGAUUUAAAACUGAGAUCUGAUCUGGAUUACUCUGCUCCUGGUUCUGCUGUGAUCUCAGACUCGGUCCUGGUCCUGUUUGUUUGAGGACUUCUGCUGACGUCAUGCCGACGUCACGGCCCGGGUCGGAGCCGGUGGAGUUCUGGGUGGACGGGUCGAGGCGGGACGGGACGGUGGAGGAGUUCUACACCCUGAGCUCCGAGCUGGGCAGAGGAGCGACGUCCAUCGUGUAUCGCUGUGAGGAGAAGCAGACCCAGAAACCCUACGCGAUCAAAGUGCUCAAGAAAACGAUCGACAAAAAAAUCGUCCGCACAGAAAUCGGCGUCCUGCUGCGUCUGUCCCAUCCGAACAUCAUUCAGCUGAAGGAAAUCUUUGAGACUGACACCGACAUCGCUUUAGUGCUGGAACUGGUGACAGGAGGAGAGCUGUUUGACAGAAUCGUGGAGCGUGGUUACUACAGCGAGAGAGACGCCGCUCACGUCAUCAAACAGAUCCUGGAGGCCGUGGCGUAUCUACACGAGAACGGCGUGGUGCACCGCGACCUGAAACCCGAGAACCUGCUGUACGCCGACCUGUCGCUGGACGCUCCGCUGAAGAUCGCCGACUUCGGUCUGUCCAAAAUCAUCGACGACCAGGUGACCAUGAAGACGGUCUGUGGCACACCGGGGUACUGCGCUCCAGAGAUACUGAGAGGAAACGCAUACGGCCCCGAGGUGGACAUGUGGUCAGUGGGAGUCAUCCUCUACAUCCUACUCUGCGGCUUCGAGCCCUUCUUCGACCCGAGGGGAGAUCAGUACAUGUACAGCCGCAUCCUCAACUGUGACUACGAGUUUGUGUCUCCGUGGUGGGACGACGUCUCGCUCAACGCCAAGGAUCUGGUCAGUAAGCUGAUCGUUCUGGACCCUCACAAGCGCCUCAGUGUGCGGGAGGCUCUGCAGCACCCAUGGGUACUCGGCAAGGCCGCCCGCUUCUCCCACAUGGACACCACCCAGAGGAAGCUGCAGGAGUUCAACGCUCGACGCAAACUAAAGGCCGCCAUGAAGGCCGUCGUCGCCACCAGUCGAAUGCAUGAAAGCUCACGGCGUCGCACUGACAGCUGCGAGAUCCCAGGGUCGGGAACUUCCAGGCAGAGCAGCAUGCAGCAGGACCCGCCCCCUGAAUCAUCAAGCCCCACCCCUUCAGACAAAGAGUCGGCGUCCCUGGAUCAGAAGACCCCGCAGGAAGGAGAAUCAAAAACAGCCGAGCAGAGUGCACCAAGCCCAUCCCCUCCACGCAGCCCUAAACCACCCACCUCUGACAUCAUGCCCACAGGCCCCGCCCCCAUCAGACCACCGCUGCGAGCAGACGGGCUUCGACAGGCGUCUGUAAUCCCCAAAACCAUGCCGGUCCAGCCCCGACUGCCGCAGAAGAGCUGCUCCGUGGUAGAGCCCGCCUCUAGAGUUGAGGCCACACCCACUCUGACUACGCCUCCAAGUCCCAACAGCCUCAUGAACGGCUUCACACCGGGGACGGGUCCACCCAGUAAGACCACCCACUGCCAGUGAUCACCUGGACAACCACAAAAAUCACGACUUUAUUCUUCUUCUAAAACAUCAUCGAUCAUUUAUUGGGACCAAAAACACAAAAACAUAAAAUACUCGUAACACUUAACCUGAACGUCUGCUAAUUCUGUUAGCGCUAUUUGCUAACAUGCUAACAGCCGCAUACUCACUGAGGGCUUGUUCGAGGUAUCGGCAGCUUGAACAGUUUGAGCCGCUGGUAGGACCGAUAAAUAUCAGAAAUCACCAAGUGGUUAAACGAUGCCGCCAAUAAAGUAACGAUUACGUUUAGAGUCGUCGCGACUCCAGAAGUUUCAACUUUGAUUCGCUUCAAGAAAAAAUCAAACGGUAUCGAUGUCUGUUUGAUUCCAAGGCAACAAAAAUUAAACAACAACAAACUAGAACUCCCCCCAGAUACAUUUGGUAAUUUCCAUACACUGUAAAUAUGAAUGUUUGAAGCCUGAGUGGCGUCCCCCGUCUGUUCCUGCAGGGGGCGCUGGAGUCCCAUCGAUGGCGGUCUCCGUGCUGGAAAUGCUGUCUCAGUCUAACUUUCAGUCAACCUAACGACAGGCUGAGAGCUGGAGCUGAGGCGGGUUUUAAACCUCCUGACAAACCGUUACACCGCGCCCACCUGUCAAUCAGGUCAGCUACACGCCUUAUUGUGAAUAACUCUUAUCCUUCAUCAAAUCAAAACUGAUGAGUCAUCAAAACAUUCACCCCCCCCGUACAGUGUGUGUCCAUCGAGACAUGAGCUAAUCACACCUAUUUGGUUUUUUGAACCAGGCUGUAAACAUGUUAAUCUCUGCUGUAAAAACAGGCUUUUUAGAAUGGGUGUGUAUGUGACUUCCUGUGCUUCUGCAGCCAGCCUCUAGUGGACACUCCAGGAACUGCAGGAUUUUACACUUCAUCAUCGGCUUCAUGUUUCAACAUUGGAGGAUGCUGCUUGAUCAUUUCUAGUUUUCAAGUAAACUCCUAC